AUGAUUGAUCCAGAAGAUAGAUUUUUCUCCAUGGGAGUAUCCUUCCGUUGCCCAAGGGGCCCUGAUUCCAAAGCCUACGCCGACGUCUGGGAUUGGGAUCAACUCCGAUUGAUCAGGCUCAAGGGAACCGUGAAACUUUUUCCGCCCGAAGAGGAUGUUGAGACCACGAUUCUUCCGCCAUUAGCAGACUACAUCGCUCCAGAAGUCUGCGCGAUUUCAUUCAAUGAUGAUGGCCUUCUUACUGGGGUCUCGACAGACCCAGAAGAUGACGAUUCGGGCUUUAUCGGUUAUCUUCCCUUGUCAUUGUGUCCAUCGCUUGUGGAUUGCCCUACCGUCCUCUUCUCUCAACUUUCAGAGCUUGACCGGCUUGGACCGGGUGUUGACCUUGUGUCUUACAAUGAUCAAACACCUGCAUCCGUCGAUGGUCAGAGCUUCGCAUUUAAAUUCAACCCGUUGGAUAUGCCUCGAAGGCUACAUAUGGCUUGGAAGGAGAUAAACAUGCUCAGCAAAUUGCCGCCUCAUCCUAAUAUAAUACCAUUUGAUCGCGUGGUUCUCGGGGACGUGGGAUCUCGCGUGAUCGGAUUCACAACAAAAUACAUCUCGGGUGGAACACUUGCUGACGCUAAUCAAAAAAGACCCUUUCGAUUUGAAUGGUUACAGCAACUUACACAGCUUGUGGAUUAUUUGAACUUUGAAUUGGGAAUUAUGCACCAAGACAUUGCGCCACGGAACUUGCUUGUCGACCCUGAAACAGAAAAGAUAAUUUUGUUCGACUUCGAUUGGGCCGCCAAUGGGGAAGAUUAUCUACUGGAUAAUCGAGAUGAUCUCUCUGGUGUUGUGUUCACGCUAUACGAGAUCAUUACCAACGAUACCCACUUCACAAGCAUUCCCCACUGGGAACGCAAUAUCGACAUGGUACGGGAUAUUGAAUGGACUUGCCGUCGUGAACUCGAUUCUGAUGUAUCGAAAUUCCGCAAUUUUUUGAAUGAAUGGAUAGCGACGAGACAAGACAAAGCACAAUACUUCAAAGCGCCCAAAAAGCUUACAUGGCCAGCUCUUCCAGACCCUCCAGAAUACAGCGUGCCAUUUGAGUUGGGUUGGACGGCGGAAGGGGAAACUUGUUGGAGAACUGGUCCACGUACGAGACGCAUUGCACUAGAGAAGGGGCAAUACUGUUUCCGGUGGGAAAGGCCACCGCAAAGCAGAUUGCUGAAGAAACAACUAGAGUCUUCUUAG